CUCCAGAGUCUAACCAGUGAAACAAACUCCCUCACUCUACAAACUCCCUCGCUCUACAAACUCCCUCGCUCUACAAACUCCCUCGCUCUACAAACUCCCUCACUCUCAAAAAACUCCCUCGCUCUCAAAAAACUCCCUCGCUCUACAAACUCAAGCCCCCAGCAUCUCCAGAGUCUAACCAGUGAAACAAACUCCCUCACUCUACAAACUCCCUCGCUCUACAAACUCCCUCGCUCUACAAACACAAGCCCAAGCAGCCCCAGAGUCUAGCCAGUGAAAUCCCUCCCCCUGGGCCCCUGUGUCUCACCAUGGAGGGUGGCGGAGAGCUCUGUCCCCUGUCCCUGUCCCAACCCAGUGACCUGCCAGACAUUGCACAGUUUCUCUCUAUCUACAUGUCGGAGGAGGACUCGCUGGCCCUUCAGGAGGGUCGUAUGGGGAGCAUGAUGGCCCAUAGCGUGUUCACUACCACCUCCACCGAGCUCGUUCCACCACCACCACAACCACAACCACUACUACCUACUACAACUACUACAGCGGCUACUACUACUACUAAUCCACUACAACAACAACAGCACUUACAACAACAACAACAACAACAGCAGCACCAGCAUCAGCAGCCCCAGAGGGAUACGGAUUUCUCGGUGAUGUCCCUCGUGUCGCAUACAGAACCACAAGUCUUCAAAACCUACCCCAUGGCCCCGUCCCUGGCACCCCUGGGGACAGUGCCACCCCCGCGGGCCGCCCCAGAGCAGCCUGCCACUCCCCAGAACACCCCGGAACCCCCGAAACCGAGCGCGAACCCCGGGAACGUGCCGCAAAGUGGAGCUAAAGAAGGGAAGAGGCAUGUUUGUGAGAGCUGCGGAAAAUCCUUCUCCCGCUCCGACAAAUUGACCUUGCACCGCCGUACACACACCGGGGAAAAGCCGUAUGGAUGCUCGUACUGUGGCAAGAGGUUCGCGCGGUCCGACCACCUCAAAAUCCACACUCUGAAGCAUCGCCUGAGCCCAGAAUCGCGUAAGCAACUCCUGGCAUCCUCCCGGGCAGCGAAGUCGUCCCCUGCGUCAAUAUCAAACACAGUUGCCCACGUUUCCUCCGACCCCAAGCGAACCGUCAGCCGUGUGGACGUGGGGACCCAGGCAAGCGGAGACGAGGAGUUUCCGCUCAUCCACCCGGAGAACGACGCGGAUGGGGCGGACGGCGACGGAGAUAUGGGCGUCGAAAGUUCCGGUCUGCGGCAAGAGUGCGGAGUCUGUCACAAGAUAUUUGGGUCGAUUUACCGUCUGACGAGGCAUCUACGCACGCACACGGGGGAGAAACCAUACGUGUGUGCGUGCGGGGAGAGCUUCACCCGCUCUGACAUCCUCCGCGCACACGAGAAGUCCAAACACGCACACACGGCCAUGGAAACAGUCACGGGAGCGCACACAAUGGAGGCUGCCGAUUCUGGGACCUCUCCGAUAACCUCGAUUAAAGACCCCCAGCCGCCCCAGCCGCCCCCCCAGGGUAAGAAGGGCGCUCGUGUGGACUCCGUGUACACCUGUGAGUACUGCGCCAAGGAGUUCAAGGCCGGGUACAAGCUCACGGUACACUUACGGUACCAUACGGGGGAGAAACCGUACGCCUGCGACUUCUGUGGAAAAGGCUUUGCUCGGCGAGAUCACAUGAAGAAACACAGAAAGAUUCACACCAAGUAGAGCAAGAUUGAGCAAGAUUGAGGUUGAUGGGGUUGAGCAAGAUGGAGGUUGAUGAGGUUGAGCAAGAUUGAGCAAGAUUGAGCAAGGUUGAGUUUGAGCAAGAUUAUAGGGAAGAAAUAUUGGAAGUUUAACACCAAAUAGAGUCAAGAUUGAGCAAGAUUAGGCAAGAUUGAGGUUGAGCAAGAUUGAGCAAGAUUGUGCAAGAUUGAGCAAGGUUGAGUUUGAGCAAGAUUAUAGGGAAGAAAUAUCGGAAGAUUAACACCAAAUAGAGUCAAGAUUGAGCAAGAUUAGGCAAGAUUGACCAAC